GGCCUCCAGGGAGGUGACAGGAAUCGGAGCCUAGCCCCCCUCUGCUGCCCUGCUCGGCGAUGCUUGCUACCGCGCCAGCGUGUGAGCCUGGCUGUGGGAGCGCCCCUACCCCCAGCUUCCUCUGGGGCCGGGCCGGUCUUCUGUGGGCAUCGCGUCCGGCCGGCUGAGCCCCUUGGCGGGAGGUGGGCUCUGUUCCUGUCCCAGCCCUCAGUGGAGGCACGAAGGGCUUGUGCUUGGAGAUCAGUCACCCUGUUUGCAGCUGGCGGCAGCGUCUCCUGAGUUAGAAGUCCUGGAGGGGAUUUGGGAGCUAAAAAGAAAAAAAAGAAACAGAAGAGAAAAAAGGAGAAACCAAACUCCGGUGGCACCAAAUCAGAUUCUGCAUCUGACUCCCAGGAGAUUAAAAUUCAACAGCCUUCAAAAAAUCCAGCCAUUCCAAUGCAGAAGCUGCAAGACAUUCAGAGAGCUAUGGAGCUGCUGUCUGCAUGCCAGGGACCAGCAAAGAACAUUGAUGAAGCGACCAAACGUAAAUACCAGUUUUGGGAUACGCAACCUGUACCCAAACUUAAUGAGGUUAUAACUUCUCAUGGUGCAAUUGAACCAGAUAAGGACAAUGUCCGCCUAGAGCCAUACUCUUUGCCACAGGGUUUUAUGUGGGACACUUUGGACCUGAGCAAUGCUGAAGUUCUAAAGGAACUGUACACGUUAUUAAAUGAGAAUUACGUAGAAGAUGAUGAUAACAUGUUUAGGUUUGACUACUCACCUGAGUUUCUUAUGUGGGCACUACGUCCUCCAGGCUGGCUACCCCAGUGGCACUGUGGAGUUAGAGUAACUUCAAACAAAAAACUGGUAGGGUUCAUAAGCGCCAUCCCUGCACACAUUCGGAUUUAUGACAGUGUGAAGAAAAUGGUAGAAAUCAAUUUUCUUUGUGUCCACAAGAAAUUGAGAUCUAAACGAGUAGCACCUGUACUGAUUCGGGAAAUAACCAGAAGAGUAAACCUGGAAGGGAUUUUUCAGGCAGUUUACACUGCAGGAGUGGUACUCCCCAAGCCUGUGGCCACAUGCAGGUAUUGGCAUCGAUCACUGAACCCCAGAAAAUUGGUAGAGGUGAAAUUUUCACAUUUGAGUAGAAAUAUGACUUUACAAAGAACAAUGAAGCUCUACAGACUUCCCGAUGCCACAAAGACUUUAGGUUUGAGACCAAUGGAACAAAAAGACAUUAAAGCAGUGCAAGAACUGAUCAACAGUUACUUGAAGCAAUUUAAUCUUGCUCCUGUAAUGGAUGAAGAAGAGGUAGCCCACUGGUUCCUGCCUCAGGAUCAUAUUAUUGACACCUUUGUAGUUGAGAGUUCAAAUGGCAUUUUAACUGAUUUCCUGAGUUUCUACACGUUACCUUCAACAGUUAUGCAUCAUCCUGUACAUAAAAGCCUCAAAGCUGCCUAUUCCUUCUACAAUAUUCAUACAGAGACUCCUCUCUUGGAUCUAAUGAAUGAUGCACUCAUUAUAGCUAAAUUGAAAGGAUUUGAUGUGUUCAAUGCACUAGACUUGAUGGAAAACAAAACAUUCCUGGAAAAACUCAAGUUUGGGAUAGGAGAUGGGAACUUGCAGUAUUAUUUGUACAACUGGCGGUGUCCUGGUAUGGAAUCCGAAAAGGUUGGUCUUGUAUUACAAUAAGGAGUACCCUUGUGUUUCUAGAACUCUGAAGUUGUCAUGUGGAUUGAUUUAAUCUACAUAACCGUUCUUGGAACAGUAUUGUUCAAGAGGAGUACAAGCACAACGUCGGUGAAAUUGAAAUAAUCCAUCAAACCUAAAAUAAUGAAGAAAUCCAUAUCUGACCUUUUACACAUUUUCAGAUGGAAUGGAAAAAGUUCAUGAAACUUUUAUUGUCCAUAAAAAGAAUAAAAGCACAUUCAUUUAAUUUUCAAAGCUUAGCUCGCACCUUGAUAAAAAGAAGGUAUUUUUUCCACUCUGUAGAAAAGACUGUUUUGUACAAACUGAACUGCAGUGGUGGAUUAGGGUACGAAAAUCUUGCUAUUAUGUGAAUGAACUGCUGCAUUUCUAUUUAUUAAGUGGUGGUGUAUGUUUGUCAGUGUAACAGAAUGAAGGAUCCAAACGGAGUAUCUUUGCUUAUAAAAUUCACAUGGAUGUCAUCAUUUGGGGUAAAAUAAUGGAGUUAUGAUACAUUUGUAGCUAAUAUGAAAGUCUUUGAUGUUUUUGUAACUGGCGCAGUAUGAAAAUGUGCUGGUUUGACUAGUGCAUUUGUUUCUCCAUAAGCAACGCUGCCAAAUCAAUAAAAAUACAGAUUUGUACUUUGAUCUUCAAUAGAUCAGUGGAUUGAUUCAGUAGUAUUGCACUGUUCAGUGCAGAUACCUAUGUUGCCAGAAUGAUUAUAAAUUACUGUACUUAAUUUACAGUUGUGGCACAAAACCUUAGUUUUUCCUCAGUAGAUCAACAUCAGCCUGUGUGUAAAACUAAGAAUUUUGGUAAUGCUAUCAAAAUAUUUAUAAUUUUGAAUGUUUUCAAUGCUUCUGCAAAAUUGCACAUAUUCCUUUGUUUACUUUGAAGUCUGUAAUUCUAACGAAAAGUAUCUUGUGUAAAUAAGUAUUCAUAAAUUGUUACUGGUAGUGUUUUUAUCCUGAAUUUUGAACAAUAGGUUUCACUGUACAUAGUGCCAGUAAUCGAGAGAGAUACAUGCUUCUCCUUCUCCCCUGGAAAGACUAUGUACUGGCCUUAACUUAAAUGCAACAACCUGAUUUUUAUUUCCUCAUGAAUGCUCUGCAACCAGAAGCAUUUGGUAUACACUCCAUAAUGCCAUACUCACAGCUUAAACUGUGAUGGCAGUUCUUAAGAGUUUAGGUAUGCUACAGUCACAUGAGCAGCAAAAUCUACAGUUCUAGCUGGAAGUGCCAAAUACCGGUGAAGGUUACAUGCUGUGCAGGUAUUUUGGACAUUACUUGAAUAUUUGGUGAAAUAUUUAUGGAUAAACUUGGCUUUAACACCCCCAUAAUUCUAAAUGUGAGAUCAAAUUUUGCUCAACAUUAGGAGCUGUCUGAAAUUAGCCAUGUAGAUAGAGAUAUUUAGUUGUACCUCUUUAUCACUGGACUUAACAUGUCUUGUAAGGCAGCUUAUUUCACAAAAGUCAUUCUGUUAUAAUGGAAGGGGACUCUACCCCAUAUGUACAGGGCUAACAGGCUCUCAGGCUUUGUCUAAACUGUGAUUUAAAGGUAUAUUGCUAGCUAAAUGUGUUCUAACCCAUACUAAUACACAGUUACUCUAGUGUGCACAGUGCAGUCUGCUUCAAUAUGUGCUCAAGUUAAAGCACACUGCCCUUGUCUACAUUAGACUUUGAAAGGUAGUACAUUCCAACACCCCAUAGUUAGCUUCCAAUUAUCUACAGUAGGAUUUUAUUGGCCACUUAUGUUGUUAAAGCUAAAAUAGUUUGUACCUUAGAGUCAGUGAGGGCCUAUUGCUGGCCUGAAGAACACAAGGCUGUCUACACAGGCACAUCCCGGAAAGUUGACAGAUCAACUUAACCUUGCAUUGAUGUGCAUAAGUUAAAGCCUAUUAACCACUCACAUAGAUGCUCUCAUGCAAGAAUAAAGCAGCCUUAAUCCGCUAGUUUAAUUCUCUGCUAAAGAUUGAGGAUUAAACCAGUGGUUCCUGAACUUAUUAAUGUGAGCCACAAACUGCAUUUUAUCUUUUUUGGACCUACCAUUACCCUCAGCCCCAGCACUGCAACCCUAUAUCCCAUCUAGGUCCAGAGGAGGUGGGGGGAGGGUUUGGAGAGUUGAGCUCACCCUGGACUCACCCCACAGUGGCAGUUCCUGUCCUGGGGGGAUGGGGAGGAGGAGGGUUGGCCCCAGCUCUGAGCAUUGCAAUGUGGUGCAUGAGGAUGCAGCACCAAUCAGGUUUGCAUGCCCCCCAAGUUUGACAGAGGGAUGGCCAGGCUAAAUUUGAGUGAAUGGGGUUGCAGUACCACUUUGGUAGGCAAGCAAAUUUGAGUGGCACUGCAUCGUGGCACACAGGGUUGCAAUGCCACUCAUGUUUGGCCCUUCUACUCCUCUAUCAUAAUAGAGUAGCUGCACCAAACUUGAGUGCCACUGUAACCACAAGGAUCAAGUUGCAACACCCAGCAUGGGGAACUGGACCAAGUCCCACAGGACAAGAGCUGGGCAGGUUUUCCCUCCAACACCCCUACCAUAUUGGGGCCUCCCAUCUGCACCAAACUGGGAAAAGUGUAUAUUAGCCUAAAUCUGGGCUCAGCAAUGGGUUAUUCUGAUCCUGGACACGGCAACCCACUGCUUGGGAAACACGGUCUUAAACUACAAGGCCAUUUUAUUCCUGAAUGAGAACAGCUAUUGGGGGAAGGGUGGUAAUGUGCUUUAAUAUAGUUGAUUCACCUUAACUUUCCUGAGUGACAAGCCCCAAGAACACACAUAGCAAGGCUAAAAAUUAGUAUCUGCCUCUUUUUUUUUUUUCCCCAGGCAGGGGCCUGUGGGCAUUUUGCUAUUAGAAGCCUCUGCUACAUUUAAGCUUCCGAUAGCCUCAUUACAAUGGAAUCACUGCUUUUGACCUUUUUAAUUUGUUCCCUUAACUUGUACAUGAGUGCAGGGUGAAGCGGAAUCCAGAAUACAGGUAGCCUAGAUAAUCUUUGACCUGGAACAUGGAAGUUUCUCCCCUAUUUAAAAAAAAAUAAACACAGGCUCACUUAAAGAAAGAGGUUUUUGCUAGCUUUCUUCCUGAAGGAGAGGAGUAACUUUUGAGUAAAAUGUGAGCUCUAAGUAAACUACUUUAUUUUGUUGAGAUUAGUUAUACACUUUUUUUUAUUGGAGUCUGAGCUGCUUCACUGUUCCCUGCUUCUAAACAUCCUUACACAAUUUCCUGCAAAAUAUCUGGUGUGGCACUUACUAAUUUUACUGUUUACUGUGGCAGUUUCUUAAAGUGCAUUUCCCUUCAAGAGUUAAGUAUCAUACCAUUUUCAGCUACUUGGAAUUAUUACUUUAAGGUCAGGCUUGACAAAGCCCUGGCUGGGAUGAUUUAGUUGGGGAUUGGUCCUGCUUUGAGCAGGGGGUUGGACUAGAUGACCUCCUGAAGUCCCUUCCAAACCUGAUAUUCUAUGAUUGUACGAUUACAAUUCUUACCUGCCAUUUUACAUACAACAGUACAUAGAAUAUAUCUGAAGUUAUUGGAAAUAGUUUUGACACUUAACUUCGACUUUGUAUUAUGUGGAUUGUGUGAGAGAAUGUCACGGUUUGCAUACAGCAGUCUUUUUUUAAAAUGCAUUUUUCCUGCAACAGAAGUAUUUAAUUAUUCAUGAUGAUGAUCAAGACUAAUGUUUUCCUUUAGCAUAUCAGAGACCAAAUAUAUCUGGAAACCAGUUUAGCUUGCAUCUCUUGACCAAAACCAACCUUGUAGAGCAGAGUAUUGACAUUCAAAAACAGAGCCUGUGUGUGUGCCUACCAGUUACAGAUGUUUGCUUGAAACAUCUUGUAGACGACCAGCUUUUAAAAAACAAAGUUUAUACCAGCAUGGACACUUGUUUGAAUAAACUUUCAAUUUUGAUAUUCA